AUGACACAAUUAUUAUUCUAUGGUUGUUUAUUUGUUGGUUUCUCACCAAUAUUGGCAUUCUAUGCCAUGGUAGUGUGUCGUAAUAGUCAGUUGAUCAUUCUAUCGAUUGGAGGAUCAUUCUUUUGGUUAUUGUCGAUGCUGGUGGCAUCUAUUUGGUGGUAUAUCAUACCUCCGAUGAGGACAUCGUUUUGGUUCAUCAUUCCAUUCUCAAUAGCCAUUCAAGAGGCAUUUAGAUACUUGUUCUAUCGUCUCUAUGCAUGGGGUUUCAAUAAUCGUCCAUCUCUCAGUCAAGUACAAAGUCAACUACAGAAACAACUUAAAGAGAAAUCAAUCAACUCUUCUGAUCAAUCAGAAACUGAAUUACAACAACAACAACAAUCAUCUCAACAACCAAAUCAUCAAGAUAUUAAUACACGUUUAGAAACUUUAUCCGCUAGACCAAAUCAUACACUUUCUUCAGCUGCAAUUGGAUGUGGAAGUGGAAUUACAUAUGCAUUUGUAAUGUAUGGAACUAUUAUGUGGGAUUCUCAAGGACCUGGUAACUUGUUUUCGGCUGCAUGUCCAACAGUCAGUUUAUUUAUGAUUUCAGCUAUACUUGCUCUCUGUAUUUCAUUACUUCAUAUUGCAUGGAAUGUCAUUGCUUUCCAAGGUUUCCGUUCAAAGAAAUAUUAUCUAGUUGCUUUUGUCAUUAUUUGUCAUUAUUUAAUUUCUUAUCUCACAUUGUUAAACAUUAAAAAGAGUUGUGAAGGAUCAGUUGUAUCAAUUGGAAUCAUUACUAUUUUAACCAUUGCAUUUUGUUUUAGAACAUUGUUAAAUAGUGAUUCAAUCUCUAAAAAGGUUGAUUAA